AUGAUUUUGGUAGUACCGGAGCAAAAGUCGCUGGGCCAGAAGCAGCAGCAGGAGGACCCCUGCCAGACAAAGUCUCGGGUCGUCGGCGACGUGGAGUACUGCGACCGCUACUGGGAGUGCGUGAGCGGUCGCCCGGAGCUCUUCGACUGCCCGAACGGUUUGGUAUUUGCCGGCAAGCACCGGGGGGUCACCGAAGGCUGCGACUACCCAUGGCGCGCCAAUUACUGCGACGGCAAGCGCCAAGCUAACCCGCCGAUCGGCGCCGAACACUGCGACUGGCUCUACGGCAUCUUCGGACACGAGACCAGCUGCACGAGGUACUGGACCUGCUGGAACGGCACCGCCACCGAACAGCUGUGCAUCGGCGGCCUACUCUACAACGAACGGGCGCGCUCCUGCGAUUGGCCCGAGAACGUCGAGGGAUGCCAGAAGCACCCUCUCUGCAACGACGACGCGAACGGUAACGUUCCGCUGGGCAAGUCGUGCAACCGCUACUGGCAGUGCCAAGGCGGCUACCCCCGGCUCCAGCGUUGCCCGGCCAUGCUGGUGUUCGACAAGCGCUCUCUGCGCUGCGUCGUCCCGCCAACCGAGGACUGCGACGUGCCGACGACUCCGCCCAACCUCGAUGGCGACCUACCCGAGAACCGCAACGAGCAAGAGCCCGAGGAGGAGAACUUACCCCCUGGGGUGGCGUCCCUGCCACAGGGUGCCAUUCCCCUGCAGCUCACGAGAGCCCAACAACAACAGCAGCAGCAAGGAAGGACCAGGAACUGAACCACCCGCCUCUCCGUAUCAUACACUAUUGAGUUUCUUUUAUUCUUUUUUUUCUUUUUUUUUUUUUUUCAUACAAAAUGUACCGAGGCAGUUCCAUAUUACGUACACUUGUAGAGCGACUGCGAGAACGUGACGCGACGACACCCUAUACCUACACACCUACCAUCGUUAUUAUAUUGGUAUUCCUAUUUUUUUUUUUUCUCUUCCCUCUCUCUUAUUCGUUCUACUUAUAUUUCGUAGCUUUAACGUGUACCUAUGAUACUUCGGUAAGAAAGAGGAAUUGAUGUUGCGAAACCAUGUCCUAGUAUAUGUUUAUCUCUGCUUUCGCACGCGCAUUACGUAUAAUAUCACAUUGUACACACGUAUUCUCAUGUAAUUUUUCACACCCGGUACGAAGUAACUGAUAUCGUCAAGAGAUAAGGUUUUUUUACCAAAUGAUAAUUUUUUUUUUUUGUUUUAAUAUUUUUCUUUUUAUUAUAAACCCCAUGUAAAAAGACAAGGAAAUUCAAGGUGACUUGGAAAGAGAUGAUGAAGAAAAGUAAAAAUAAUAAUGCUCUGUGCGGAAAUUUCGAAAAUUUUCCAUUUAGAAUUCCUGUGGAGCCCAAAAAACGUACAAUUCGGGACUACACUAUCAAGCGACUUGGAAGUCAUCUUUGUUACCAUUUAAUUUUUUUCUUUUUUUUAACUUUAUUGUGCAGAGCUCAAAGUGGGCACUCGGAUGAUACGCAAUUGUAAUUUUUCAUUGAGCUCCCUGUACUCGUUGCCUUUUUUUAUUCUUAUUUCUGAUUUUUAUCCUUCUCUCGCUUUUUUUACACACUAGAACGACAAAAGCCAUCAAUUCAUGCGAUUUCAUGACUUUUAGUUAUAAAUUAACGCACGCCACACUUGAACAUUCACACAUGUGUAGACAAUUGUGACCCUGUAAUGUUUCGUUAUAAUAUGUAUUUUUUUUAUAUAUAACAUAUAUUACACGUAUAUCAGUGUAUUCCUUUACCUCUAAGUGAUACGGUUGGAAGAUAAAAGUGAACUUUGUUUUGAUGAACAAAUUAAGAUUAGCAUUUGGAAAAAUUUGAAGACGGACUGCAGGUAGUCUGUUAACAGCUUGUGUUUUUUCACGACGAGCAAGCAAGCAGUAGCCGAAAAAAAGAGUUGUUUCUUGAACUUUUGUACAUCGAUUUGUAAGAAAUUAAAUAAGUUAUU